GAAAGCUCUUUGCGCGUCUUUAGUGCGCCUGUGAUUGUGGGACGAGCGCCAAACGUCCCCAAACUGCGCAGGAUUACCAAGAAAAAAAGUAGACCCGCGCUGUCACGGUUCACACUCGUGAUACAUGCGGACUAAUGCGAGCACGAGCAAGUGGACCGGACUGUAGCACACCGCCAAUCCAGUAUCACCGGCUUCAGUCGACUGUCGGAGGCGCGAUGCGAGGCAGCAGAGGGCGGCGGAGAUGUUGACGGAGAGCGACCCCCUCGAAACGUCUCUCUUUAGCCGGCAAUAAUGGACUAAAAUUGGCGUCUACGUUGUCUUUUUUUUUUUUUUUACCUCUUGCUUCCAUCUCUCGCCAGAGCCGUGUGGAGCGGGAUGUGGGCGAUGCUGCCACAAGGGAUUCAUUGUGGCUUCACUCAGAUGAACACCCGUUGCAUGCAUUGAAAUAAAGAGGGAAGGCAGUGUUUUUUAAAGAGACGUCAGCACCUGUUCAAUCAGGACAUUUUGCUCUGCAGCAGCUCAUCACCUGUAAGCGGCAUCGGAAUGAUACCCUGAUGUACACCAUCCCAAGCCAGGCCCCUCGAGAGUUGACAGAAUCGCUCUCUUUCCCUGCUUUUGCCACCUUCGCUAUCAGAGUGCCACAGUGAUGCGGGGAGGCCCCCUCUGAUCUGGGAUCAGCUGGGUGUUUGAUGGCCUGAUCUCAACAUCAAAACAGUUGGGGGGGCCUUUCUAGUGAACAUCCCUCUACCACUGCACGGUAGCACAUGGAUUUCAAGACCUCAAAUGAAGAGACAAAGACUGGGAUUUAUUUGAUGCAAGAAGGUAAUGAGGAGCCGUUUAAUAUUCGACUGCACUUGGCUAAAGAUAUUCUGACCAUUCAGGAGCAAGAUGUCAUCUGUGUGUCGGGGGAACCUUUCUAUUCCAGCGAGAGGACUGUAACGAUCCGGAGACAGACGAUCGGAGGAUUUGGCCUUAGCAUCAAGGGCGGUGCGGAGCAUAAAAUCCCUGUGGUGAUAUCCAAAAUAUCCAAAGAACAAAAAGCCGAACUCUCUGGGCUGCUUUUCAUUGGUGAUAGUAUUCUGCAGAUAAAUGGAAUAAACGUGAGAAGCUAUCGCCAUGAGGAAGUGGUUCAGGUUUUGAGGAACGCUGGUGAAGAAGUCACUCUGACUGUUUCUUUCCUCAAGAAGACUCCAGCCUUCCUUAAACUGCCUCUGUGUGAGGAUUGCACGUGCAUCCCCAGUGACCAGAGCAGCGGGACCUCAUCUCCAUUGUGUGAUAGUGGCCUGCACUUGAACUACCAUCCUAACAACACGGACACACUGUCCUGUUCUUCGUGGCCUACAUCACCUGGGCUCCGCUGGGAGAAGAGAUGGGUGGACCUCCGCCUCAUACCGCUGCUUCACUCUCGCCUCUCUCAGCACAUGCCAGGCUCUGAUGUGUGCAGGAAAAAUGGUUUCCAGGUCAUUGCUGUGGAUGGUGUGUGCAGUGGUGUGCUCCAGUUCCCCACGGCCGAAGACUGCUUGGACUGGCUUCAGGCGACAGGCAGCAACAUCUCCAAUCUCACCAAGCACAACGUGAAGAAGAUCAACCGCAAUUUUCCAGUUAACCAGCAGAUCAUCUACAUGGGCUGGACAGACGAGAAGGAGCAGGACUCCGUUCAGGACCGAAUGUACUCAUCAAAGUUCCUCGCUUUGAGGGGUUCCUCACUUUUUAAGUUCUGCGCUCCUCCGGUGACAACAUGGGACUGGACUCGAGCAGAGAAAAGCUUUACGGUCUAUGAAAUCAUGUGCAAGAUUUUAAAGGACAACGACCUGGUGGACAAGAGAAAGCACUGCUUCAGCGUGCAGACGGAGAGCGGCGAGGACAUGUUCUUCAGCGUGGAGCUGGAGUCGGAGCUGCUGGUUUGGGAAAAGGCCUUCCAGAUGGCCACUUUCCUGGAAGUGGAGAGGAUACAGUGUAAAACAUACGCCUGUAUCAUGGAGAGCCACCUUAUGGGACUAACUGUUGACUUCAGCAUGGGCUUUGUGUGCUUUGAUGCCGCUUCCAAGGUGAGUGAAGGACACCAUCACUGCCAUACGGAUGCGGAGGCUGUUCUGUGGAGAUACAAGUUCUCUCAGCUAAAAGGAUCAUCAGAUGAUGGGAAAAGCAAGAUCAAGUUUUUAUUCCAAAACCAAGACUCCAAAUCUAUUGAAGCAAAGGAACUGGAGUUCUCCAACCUGUUUGCGGUGCUUCACUGCAUUCAUGCUUUCUUCGCUGCCAAAGUGGCGUGCCUGGACCCCGUGUUUGUGGAGAGCCAGGCCACGGCUGCCAACGCCGGCAUCCCUUCUCUGUCGAGCCUCUCGUGCAAUUCGCACACCCCCAAACUGAAAUUCACCACUUGACAUAGCACCUCUGGAUUAGUCACGACUCCGUAGCCUAAGAGGGGAGAAAGAAAAAAAGACUCCAUAAAGACUUCCUCAGGAAAAAAAACCCUGAAAUCUCCCAUUAAAGCCUUUCUGGGAUGAAAAAGACAAGAAGACUCUAUGGACACCAAGUGUGCGAUUUGAACAUCCUUUUAAGCCAAUUUCCUGGGACAUUAUUAUUAUUAUCAUUAUUAUUAUUGCUAAUAUCCACACAUCACAAUAAGAAAAUGCAGGUAGUCUACUUUUGUAUAAACACUUAUUGAGGAUUUGGAAAGAUAUUUCUGCUCACUUUUGGGGAAAGUUCGCGUACACUAUAUGUACAAAACUGGACACACUACUAAUUAUUUAGGCUGUAGUUGUUCUGCCUCUGCUUUUUUUGUUUUUUGUUUUGUAUUUGUGAAAGCUCAGAAAAAGUGAGAUUUAGUAAUAUAAGUCAAAAAUUAUACGUGUUCGGACAGUUUAUUCCGAGAGGGGCGACACAUAUGUGACGAUAAAUAAAUGGCGUCCAAACUAUGAAAAUUCCUACGUGUUCAAAUGCAUCGCAGAAACCACGUGACAGUGUUAUCUUCUUCAAUUGGUCAGCGCUGGGUGCGUAAGAAAGUAAACAGGAAGAAGGAGUAGGGAGGGAAACCGCUAAGAAACAAGCAGCAUCAACUUGCCUUUUCCCCGAAAACUUUGACUGUUGACACGGACACCAUUGCACCAGGAAGCAGCGUGAGUACAUUUUAAAAAACGCGCUGUUGGUAGUAUUUUUACUACCUGUAGUUCCGUCGACGUUAUGCUAUUUCGUUGAGUCAGUCGAAAACCACUGAACAGAGAAAAUGUAACCGAAAGAUGUCUGACCGUACAAUUAAAGCCAGCCCUCUGCUUGUAAGUCCCAUAACCAUAUGCUUGGAUAAGUUCGGUGUGGAAGAGCAGGUCUAUAAAACACAUUAUAUUGAACUGUAAGUGUCUCCAUGCUUUUGUCCAUAUAGUGUAUAUCAUUAGCGGCAAAAUGUGUGCUGUUGAUGUAAUCACAUUCAAAGAGAGGCUCAUCUCUCCCAUAACAAUAAGUCAACGUGAUUAGAAAAGUAGACUUUUACUUUCCCAGCAAUAUGUAAAUAAGCCUUGACCUUAAAUAAUAAUGCUUUUAAAGAAAUUAUUUGUUGACCCGCCACAGAGAAGUACUGUCUGUAGGACAGGGGUAUCCAAAGUUUUUAUUUGUAAAGGAAAUGAACCAAGUAAACAAUGUUGAAAGUGUUAAAAUUAAUGAAUUAUGGCCCAGAUAACAACAUCACCCAGAAGGCAAAGAAAAGGAUAAAUGUUUCACAUCCAAACCAAAAUGGCCGACUACCUAUGUGUCUUACCUUGAAGAUGUUCUUGUCAUGUUGACAUGUGUACCAGAUUUUCCUGGUAAAUGGACACGGGUUCCUGGUAUUUGUCACUCUCUGGCGAGGGCUCAGCUGAAAAUGGUUUGUUGAUACAUUUUUACCACAAUAGCCUAUACAUCGCAUUUAAUUAUUUCAAAGAACUUAAUAGUCCCAUUCUAUAAUAUCGUCCUUAAUAGUUAGAUAAUAAUAGUCUUGUUCCUUUGUCACAUAGACCACAUAUGUUAUUUAUUUUAUUUAAUUGAAUUUAUGAAUUAAAACAUAAAGAGUACACAAGUGACCCCCCACAAAAGUUUGGACACCCCUGCUGUAGGUAGUACUCUCUACAUCGUUUAAUCUUAACUCUAUGGACCAAUUUAGAAAAAAAAUAAUAAUCUAUGGUUGUUUACUUUUAUUUCCUGAAUAUGUUCUGACUCCAGCUUGUAAAUAAUGAUAGAAAUACAUGGGAAAAUACUUCUUACAGGUGAAAGGUCAGUCAAUGGUAUUAAAAUGCUUAAAAGUUAAAUAUAAAGCUUAAGAUGCCCCUCCCCCCGCCUUCGAGCAUGUUAACUCUCAGGAGUUAAAUUGGGGUCAUGUUUGAGUGAUUCACAGUUUUAAGUCUGGAGGAAAAUGAACACAGUUAGAUCACGGGUGAUACUUCCUGUGCAUUGAAAAGAUCUUGGUUGGAAUGGUAUGGCCUUCAUAAAACACGGGAUUUACAGAGAAUGGGGUGGAUUUUAUUUUUGUGGCAGAUGUUUUAUUAACAAAUAUACUGUGUCCUAAAUUAAUAAACAAGAUUUUUUUAUAACACGGCUUGCUUGUGAGCAGUUUCAUUUGUGUUUAGAAAGGUCACUGAUUACAUUUUUACAUUAUUACAUUUACAGUUUAUAGCACCAGCAUAAAUACUGGGUCAGGCAAAAAUGAUCCGACACAUUUUUAGGUUAAAUAAAAGGCAAAUAAAGUAAAGAAACCGAAAACUGUUUUUAUUUUUGAAAAGUACAUAUAAUGCCAUUUGGCUAUGUAUGUAUGUAUGUAUGUGUGUAAAAUGUCAAUAAAAUGUCAAUUAUUUCAUGUACUUAAAAUAAUAAAGGACAAAAUCGCAGGCAGAACUUUAAUUGCAAAUCCUACAAAUUUCUUGAUUGAAUACACACUCCAUCUUUAAAAGUUUUUUCGAAGAUGACCAGAGUAGAACUAUUCAUGCUGUAGGAAUAUCAAACAUAGAUCUACCCUGUCGUACAUUGAAAAACAAUCCCAUUUGUGUAAAAACCUCCAAAAGAUUGAUGAAAAUGUGUCAGAACGUGAAAUAAACUCACUUUUUAUUGGCUUAUUCAUCUUGUACUUGAAUCUGCAGGCCUGGCAGAAGUAAAAAAGAAAAAUGGGUGAAAUAAAACUGAUGAUGUCAUAAGGGUGGAGGCCCUGAUCUGUGACCUGCGAAACGUGGAGAACGCCAUGUGAUAGAUUAUUGCAGCGCUCUCCUUCCACGUGCAUGCAAGAACCAGUUGCCGUCUUUCUCCUGGCUUGUGCAAGUUUACGUUGCAUGAAAUAGACCGGAUUUGGUUAAUUUUUUAGUACUGUCACAGCAUGUUACCAAAUGUUGUGAGGUCUUCAAACGGCAGCAAAAGGAAAAAGAACACUGUCUCCUGCUGAAUGACUCCUGCACAGCUCCUCCGUCUGUUUAUCUUUACCACCUUUGACUUUCUUGUCAGUUGACUCUAAAUAAGAUGGUGCCGUUAAAAUGAGAAAUGGAGGCAGUGUUUGUGAUUGUGACCUUUAUUUUUGUGCCAAACAUUCACAGAGAAACAACACCAUUUUGUAAAUGAACUGCACACUGCAGGAGGAAUCCAACGCCAACACGAUGUGUUUUGGCUCUUUCUCGGCAGAAUGCUUACAAGUCGUUCGGCUUGACAGAAGUCGGCGUGUGACCAAAGACUGAGAUCAAAGAUCGCCUGCUUUUACCAAGCCGUAAUGUGCCAUCUUAUUGGCUUUAAUGAAAUUGUAGAUAAUG